AUGCCUACUACAGUUGUGCUUAUUCCUGUUUUCGACAUAUACGAUACCAAGGAUCCAGAUCUACUGCCUGUUCCAGAUAUCUUCUUGUGUGACGAGCAAGGCUAUCCAUACUGGUGUUCCUCUUGCAACUCCAUCAAGCCCAAGCGUUCCUUUCAUAUCAAGGGACUUAAUCGCUGUGUUCCUCGAUUCGAUCACAAAUGCAUCUGGAUCGGCACCAGUAUUGGAAGAGAUAACAUAUUAUUUUUCUUGCAGUUCCUAGUCGAGUUUGGUAGCCUUUUCAUCAUAGCCUUGAUAUCGGCUGCUGCUACAGCUCGGCCAGCAUUCGAUAGAGAUUGGCAAAACAUACCUCAUUAUGUCGUUAUAUUUGCAUGUUCAGUUCUUUGGUUACCAAUGAUUCUUGGUCUUUUACUUCAACAAUUUGCAUUUGCAUUUACUAAUAGAACAACUAUAGACGAUAUUAGCAUGAAACAAGCAAAAAAGUACAACGAGUGGAGGAAGGGGGAUGAAAGUAACUUACCCAAAUGCCUUCGAAAUAAUUAUCAAAGAGAGGAAACAGGCGUGCGCUAUGUCAAUCUCAAGACCAAAUCCUCGCGUGUUGUGGUGCCGUUCUUCAUUCAAGACGAUCCAUACUCUGAGGGUUUCACACGGAAUGUAACCCGUCUAGUGUAUGGUGAAAGUGACAAGGCGUUAUUCUGGUCAGCGAUGUUCCAUAUUUGCUUUCCCUUCGGACCUUUAUUGGUUAAGAGAAGCGUCCUGGAGGUUGAGACAUAUGAUACCGCAUCAGAGCCCUUCAGCAGAAGAUUCUUGGAACUCAUCAAUAAAAAGGUAUCAAAUGCCGAUUGCAAAGACCCUAUUUAUCUCCAAAAGGACAUAAGUCAAACGAACUAG